GCAAUCCCAAACCGGCUUUCACUUUACAAUAAUUAUUAUUUUACCGUUAGAUAAACAUUGUAUUUGUUAAUAUCAAAAACGACUGAUUCUGAAUGAAGAUAAAGCUAAAGUGCAAAUAAAUUAAAUACCUAUUAUAAAUGAUGCUUUUAAAUAUUCUUAUCAUAGGCUUUUCCUGUAGCAGUAUGGCAUCAGAAGUUGUUGAGAAUUUCAAAGCUGAAAGCGUGGUUCCAGAUGUAGUAGAUGUGGCUCCAAAAGCCAAAAUAAGCUUAAUUUAUCCUGGAAAUAAAGAAGUGAAUUUCAAUGAGUUGACUCCUACUGUAGUCAGACCACAGCAACCAGAAGUUAAAUGGGAAACUGAUCCGAAUAAAUUUUAUACUUUGAGCAAUGUUGAUCCUGAUGCUCCAAGCAGAGCCACACCAACUUUCAGGGAAAUCAAUCAUUGGUUAGUAGUUAACAUCAAUGGCAACGACCUUUCAACAGGACAAACUUUGGUUUCGUACAGAGGUUCUGGAGCACCAAGAGGCACCGGCCUUCAUCGGUAUAUUUUUUUGGUGUUUGAGCAACAAGGUGAAAUAAACGUUACGGAAAUACAAAAUUUGGCCAAUGACGUAACAAAGUUUUCCAUAAGGAAAUUCGCUCAGAAAUACAAUUUAGGCAAUCCUGUGGCUGGAAACUUUUAUCUGGCUCAAUGGGAUUCGUCUGUUCCUGAAAGAAAACAAUAAUAAUUAUAUAUUGGACGAGGUAUUUUUACUUAUUUCACAGAUAGUGUCUAAGUUUGUAAAAAGUGUUUAAUCAAUAUGGCAUGUGUAUUUCAGAAUUAUUAUAAUUUUUUUGCCUACUGUUGUUUUCAAAUAAUACUCAUUUAUGUCAUUAGUAGGCCAUGAAUUAAGUGCGUAAGUGCUGAGUUAAUAGCGAAGCAUGAAAACACCUUUGGGGCCGUAUGCCAUGCAGAAGAAAAGAACUGCAGUGCAGUAUAGUCUGUCUAGCGAAACGGCGAACUGCAAUAGAAUUUGCUGCUUUGCCAAACUUGACGGAAACAAUAAUAAACAAGUUGGUGGCAUAUUUUUUUUGCAAUAAUAUUGCAAAUAAUAUUACAAAAAUAUUGCAAAAAAUAAAAUAUGUUACCAACUUGUCUAUUAUUGUUUCCGUCAAGUUUGGCAAAGCAGCAAAUUUUAUUGAAGUUCGCCGUUUCGCUAGCCAGACUAUACGUGUUUCCUAAAACGAGCAAAUUACGAAAAAAUUAUGCCCUUAGAGCAAAAUCCCGAACUCGUUCAUUGACGGUGCUAUAUAGCAAGAGAAAAACGAAAAAUUAAUUAGUACCUACUUGUAUUCAAAAUUACUGACAGUAGGCCUUUUCGGAUACGCUGAGCCGAUUAGCUGUUCAUUUUUGAUCUUUAAUGAACACAGUUGAGAUAAGAUAUAGCUGGUGAUACAGUUAAUCGGAUCAUCGUUUCCGAAAAGGCUCAGUGGCAAGCAGGGUUGGGAACGUAGUUAAUGUAACAUUAAUUACAUGAUUAACUACCGUAGUUAUUGAGGAUAGGGUUGCCAGGCGUCCUGGAUUUCGCAGGAUGUCCUGGAUUCAGGGUCUUGAGUCCUGCGUCCUGCCGAAGUUGUCCGCAGGACACCAAAUGUCCUGCUUUUAAUAAAAACGGAAAUACUAUUCAUGAAUGCAAUAUAAUUUUUUUUGCCAACCCCAAUCUUGAAUAUUUUUAAAAAAUAAUUCAAUUUGUUUUUUCCAUCUAUGGGUCGAAUUCCGACUCAGAAAGGGUAUUUUCCCUAUGUAAUGCGGCCUGGAAGUCGGAAUAGGCUCUCAGUAGACCAUGUAAAAGCAGAACUUCAAAUAAAAACUAAUUUAAUUUACACUUUUAGGGAAUUUUUCAGAUACGUUUUGAAAAAAAAAACAAAAAUCUGUUGGCGGCAAAAAGAGACAAGAAGUAUUCUUUUUCUAAAAAGUGAUUUUCUUUUUUUCUAGAUGAAUUUGUAAACUGAAUUCGCGUUACGUUUAUUAGCUAUUUUUUAUUUUUGUAGUAACUUAUGACUGUUACACUAUUUUUGUUAUUUGAAACAAUAUAUCUACAAUAUACAAUGAAUAUGCUUUC